AUGAUAAGAAGAGUCUAUCUGAUAUAAGAAUUGGAAGAAUCUUUAGCUAGAGAUAUAGAGAAAUAUCAAAAUUUUCUUUAAGAGUAAUAGAUUAUAAGAGAAAAUUUAGUCAUAAAUGAAUUAAAAAAAUUUGAUAUAAAAAUAUUUUAAGAAUUAGAAAAUAGAUUUAAAAUAGGAAAGAAUAUCAUGUGGGUAUAUAAAGAACUUUAGAUUUUUGAAUAAGACAUUGAAGGAGCAUUAAAAGUUUGA